AUGGCUUUAUCUCCUGUCAUGGUAUCGCACGCCACUUCAUAUAUCAUCUCGUCGGGUAUCUUAGAUCUACCCAAGACACCCCCUAUGUGUCGUUUACCGAGCUCACAAAAAUCACGGAUAUUUGAUGAAAUGUUCCCUCCUUCAAAACGAAUCAUGACUCAAAGUCUAUGUGGAAGUUGCCAAAUGAGAAGUCCUUACUUAACCUGUCAGUUUCAAUCCUCCAUGCACUUCACUCAAUCGCAGCUCCCGCAACUCAAAAAUUUCUAA